UAAACACAUUUUUUCUUCAACAAUCUCAAUGCUUUCAAAAUCCUCUCUUUCUCUCUCUUUGACCACCUCGAGUCACAUCACAGAACCUUGACCAUCAACAACACAACACAAAAUCAUAGAUUCUUAAAAGGAAACAUCUUUCUUCUCACUUCUCACUUCUCACUUCUCACUUCUCACUUCCCUACUUCACUUCUCAUUUAUUGAUCUUGUUCUCCAGUUAUGAUUAGACAAACUACAAAUCUCGAAUCUUCAAAUGACUGUUCCUCCAAUUGCAAUAAUGCUGAUUCAUGUCCAGCUUCUGGAUCCGAGAGCUUCAAAACCAGCAGUAAUGGUUCUCAAGACAUUAGGCUCAACAACAGUGUCAGCUUAAGUUUCUGUAGCAGUAACAGUGUAAGCAGCGAAGCUAAUCUAGAAAAGUCUCGAUCUUUCGAUGCGAACGAGGCUAAUUUCAAAAGGGUCUUUUCUCCAUCGAAGCCGCAUAAAGGGAACGAUCUUCGAUGGGACGCGAUUCAGAGCGUGAAAUGCAGUAGAAACGAGGAUCUGGGUUUAGGGCAUUUUAGGCUGUUGAAGAAGUUGGGAUGUGGAGAUAUUGGGAGUGUGUAUUUAGCUGAGCUUAGAGAGAUGGGAUGUUUCUUCGCCAUGAAAGUGAUGGAUAAAGGAAUGCUGAUUGGGAGGAAGAAAUUGGUUAGGGCUCAGACCGAAAGAGAGAUUCUUGGUUUGCUAGAUCAUCCUUUCUUGCCCACGCUCUACUCGCAUUUCGAGACUGAGAAGUUUUCUUGUCUUCUUAUGGAGUUUUGCAGCGGCGGAGAUCUUCAUAUUCUCCGGCAGAAACAGCCCGGAAAACACUUCUCCGAGCAAGCCGCCAGUUUCGUGAGCCCUACGCUGAUUCAGUCCACUUCACAGCCUUCUUGUCACAUUACCUCCUACUGUAUUCAACCUUCUUGCAUAGUAGAUUCAUCCUGCAAAUUACCUGUUGCAUGUAUCCAACCAUCUUGCUUCAAGCCUCGUUUCCUCAACAACAAACCAAGAAAGACGAAAACCGAAAAAUCCGGUUCGGAUUCGCUCCCGAUGCUAAUAGCGGAGCCAACGGAUGCUCGGUCUAUGUCAUUCGUGGGCACGCACGAGUACUUAGCUCCUGAGAUCAUAAGAGGAGAUGGCCAUGGAAGCUCUGUUGAUUGGUGGACUUUUGGUAUAUUCCUCUACGAGCUGUUAACAGGGAAAACGCCGUUUAAAGGAAACGGUAACCGCGAGACGCUAUUCAACGUUGUUGGUCAACCGCUAAAGUUUCCUGAAGGGUCUAUAAGCUUUGCAGCUAAAGAUUUGAUUCGAGGUUUGCUUGCUAAAGAUCCUAAGAAGAGAUUAGGGUUCAAGAAAGGUGCUACAGAGAUAAAGCAACAUCCUUUCUUUGAUAAUGUGAAUUGGGCUCUAAUCAGAAGCACAAACCCACCAGAGAUACCGAAACCUAUCGAUCUUUCGAUACUAAACGAAACCCUCAAGUCAUCAGUUCAACAACAACAACAAGACAAGCAUUCAAAACAAUCAGAUUCUUCAUCAGGUCCUUAUUUAGACUUUGAAUUCUUCUGA